AACGUUGUGUGUAAUCCUUUUGAGAGUAGAUGGAGACGGUGGCACCGGAUGAAUAGCAGACAACGCAGGCGCACAGCAGCUUUUCUGUUGUCGGCCGAACUUGGAUUUUUACCUUAAAUACUAAUUCACCUGCUAGUGUCAUCGAAAUGGCAACCAUCUCGCGCACCCUUCGCCCAUUCCUAAGGUCAACUCGUAGUCAUAUCCGAAAUUAUGCUGAAGCCCUCAGGGAUGAUCAAAUGAAAUUCACCUUUGCUGGUGCAAAUCAGGUAUUUUAUGAUACACAAUCUAUCCGCCAAGUUGAUGUGCCAUCAUUUUCUGGAGCUUUUGGUAUUCUGCCGAAACACGUACCGACCUUAGCUGUCUUGAAGCCAGGAGUAGUUACUGUUUAUGAGGAUGAUGGCAACGUCAAGAAAGUUUUUGUUUCAUCUGGGACCGUUACUAUCAAUGAAGACUCCAGUGUACAAAUUCUAGCAGAAGAAGCCCAUGAAGUUGGAAAUCUUGACGCCGCAGCAGCCAGAGACAUUCUGUCCAAGGCUCAACAAGAAUUGAACUCCGCUUCCUCAGAAAAAGACAAAGCUGCAGCUGCAAUCGCUGUAGAAGUUGCUGAAGCUCUUGUGCAAGCAGCUCAAUAAAAAUGAAAACGAAAAACCACAGUGAUGAAUGAGUUCACAUCAUAUUUAAAAGAUAGAGUUAGAAAUGAUAAUAAUCCAUACGAGAUUUAAUUUAUUGUAGCUGUUUGUUAUUAAACCUCUGUACAAUAAAUCAAAUAUUUGUAUGAAUAAAACUACCACAGUUGUUGAUAUAAAA